AUGCCGUUGAACAUCCCCGGCCUACUGGCGCCAGCCCAAUUACUCUUCAAACCACGUCUGGUCCUACCAGCCGUCAUUGUACCAGACAUUCGCUCGAUUGACUUCGCUCAGUUACGGAAAGCCGGAUACAGGGGAGCUGUCUUCGACAAGGACAAUUGUCUGACGAUACCACAUCGCGACACACUGGUCCCUGAGCUGAAGGACGCGUGGCAAGAGUGCAGAAGAACUUUUGGCAAUGGCAACGUCUUGAUUGUCAGUAACUCGGCUGGUACAUAUCUCGAUGCUGGCGAAAUCCAGGCUGAAUCCGUAUCACACCACCUUGGAGUGCCGGUACUCAAGCAUACCUCCUUCAAACCGGCUUACUCUUGCAUAAACUCCAUACGGAACUACUUUUCCUCUCUCGAAAAGCCGAUUUCAGACCAUGAGCUCAUUGUUGUUGGUGACCGUAUACUGACGGACGUGGUCAUGGCCAACCGUAUGAAGCGCAGAAACGGGAGGGAGGAAACGGGUCCGUUGGCAAUUUGGACAACUGGGGUUUGGCACAAGGAGAGUACGGUGAUGCGGUGGAUUGAACGCGGACUAGUCAAUAUCGUGGAUCGAAUGGCGCAAAGGUCCAACUCGAAGCCGACACGGAGCGCGUUCUCUGAAUUCAUCAGGCCGUGA